AUGAUUCAUGACCCAUGUGGACCAUUGAACAUAACAUCACCAUGUAUGCAAAAUGGGAAGUGUUCAAAAGGUUUUCCCAAACUGUUUACUAUCGAAACUCAAUCAGGGCAAGAUGGGUAUCCAAAAUAUCGACGUCGAUCUCCUGAAGACGGUGGACAAACUUUCCAGCUUAGAAAGUCUAGCCGCAUAGUAACAAUCGACAAUCGGUGGAUUGUGCCAUAUAGCCCCGUAUUAUUACGUGCAUUUGACUGUCACAUCAACAUAGAACUAUGUCAUUCAGUAAAAGCUAUUCAAUAUAUUUGUAGUUAUAUUAAUAAAGGAUCUGAUCAGGCUGCAUUCUCGGUAGAAUCACGUGAUGAAAUAAAGGCAUACCAAAAUGGUAGAUAUAUUAUUUCCUCAGAAGCUGCAUGGCGAAUUUUGGCCCCUAAAAAUGACACCGUCAACGUCAUAAACGAAAAGAUUCUUUCUAUGUUUGAAGCUGAUGAAAAAACCUAUAUUUCUUUCGAUACACUUAGUGAUCAAGACGAUGCUGUAGAUAUCCCGAUCGAAUUUCUCAAUUCAUUAAAUCCGUCAGGUCUCCCACCACACAAACUUGAUUUAAAAAUUGGUGCCCCUAUUAUUCUCAUGCGUAAUUUAAAUGCUCCAAAAUUGUGCAAUGGGACAAGGUUAAGAAUAGUAUCUUUGAAGAAAAAUCUUAUCGAAGCCGAAAUCCUAACUGGAUCUGCGAGUGGUCAAAUUGUUUAUAUUCCAAGAAUACCAAUGAUAACGAAUGAAUAUCCCUUCGAAUUUAAACGUGUCCAAUUCCCUAUUAAACUUUGUUUUGCUAUGUCAAUUAAUAAGGCACAAGGACAGACAAUGAAAGUAUCAGGAAUUGACAACACCGAUCCCUGCUUUACUCAUGGACAAUUUUAUGUUGCCUGCUCCCGUGUAAGUUCAGAAAAAAACUUAUACAUAUACGCCUCUGACCAAAGAACUAAUAAUAUCGUUUAUAAAGAAAUAUUAGAUUAUCAGUAG